AAAAUUCUAGAAAGGGAAGAUCUUUCAGAAAAUAAAAUCAUUCCCCGGGAAAACCCAUUCCCGUAAGUCGUAACCCAUGAACCCUAAAUCCCCUAAUUUCUCAACUCCCUCAACUUCACAUGAUUUCUCCUUGAUUCGAUCUUUUUUGCACUUUCUUCACACAGCGUAAGCGUAUCCAAGCUCACUGUUCGUCGAUUCAUUACUGAAUGGAAGAAGAAGGGGAAGCAGAUAACAUGUCUGCGAUUGUUUGCAACGGAAAGAGAUCUCUGUUCGAGGCUUCUUCUCCUCCCUCUCCAAGAAACUCUGUUCUUUUUCACCUCUGUUUCUUCCCCUCUAUUCUUCUCGAUCACCUUGCCCCCAUUUUCCCCGACCUGGAUACUCACAUUCUUGAGCGAGCAAUCAACGAAUGUGGAGAGGAUCUUGAUUCUCCUGGUGCUGGCGCAGCGAAGCAACACCUCGUGCUGGUGCAGAUGCAGCGAAGAAAAGCAGUCUCCAACAGGAGAAACUUGAUGCUGAGACAGCAGUUAGAAGCUAUUAUCCAGGAGGAUAGUUUACUCAAACGAGCUGUGGUGACACAGCAGAAGCGACAGAGAGAGACCAAAGAUUAGAGUCAGGAGUUGCAGGGUUUGAGGCAGAUGGUUACUCAAUACUAGAAAGAGCUGAGAAUUCUGUAGGUGAACAACUAUGCUCUCGCUCUUCAUCUGAAAUAAGCACUGCAGAAACAAUAGUUCCAUCCCUGGCCGGUACCAUCCAGAGUUGUUCUAAUGUCUUUCUCAGAGGAAUGCUCAGGCCUCUAUCUGAUUUUUGUUUAUACUGUUUGCUUUAUAUUUCUUCUAAUGUCUUUCUCAGAGGAAUGCUCAAGUGUAUUUUAUACCAAAAAGAUUAAACUGAACUCCAUAAUAUUACUCA